UGGAGCCGGUGAUUGACGGGUGAGCGGCGCGCGGGGGAGCUCACGAGACUGACCUCGCGACAAUUCAGUUCAGUUCCGAAGAAGGAACGCGCACGGGCUGUGUGAGGAGAUCGCAGACAGAGGAGGACUGAGCAAAAACAAAAAAAAAAAAAACGAGAGAGAAAAAAAGACAAAAACCCGAAGAGGAAUCUUUGGGGAAUUGCUCACCAGGGACAGUCGCCUGAUUAAAAGCGCCCUGUGUGAAAAGCGCGUCUACUAGGAGCCGUGAGUGAGGCGGAGGUUCGGCGCGCAGCUCGCGCCCGUGUGUCUCAACAACAGGUUUACCGCUGAGGCUGCGUUUAAAUGGCAGGGCGCGUGAGGGAGCGGGGUUGAUUGAGAGCACAGACAGCCCUACACACACAAAGAGAGAGAGAAAAACUCGACGUGUAAGGCUGAAAACAGCUGCAGAGUUUCGCCAGGUUAAAGUCAAGCGUCAUGAUGGAGCUGGCGGAGGACCCUACAGCACUGGAAUGUAACGUAAGCGAAAAAGACUAAACAGCCAGCGCGAAUAUUCUUUAGAAAACGAACUAGUAUUACAGGCGUAGUUUGGUUUACUAAUAUCAGGCGCCUUGCAGUUGCAGGCUAAGUUGAGAAAAGCUAAGUUUUAAGCGCGGGCAGCGGCUGCCGGAGAGACCCCGUGUGCCGUGCGGUUCCGAGCUCCGGGGACCGUGUCCGUUUUCCGCACACGCACACAGAGAGAGAGAAAAAGACAGGCCUCUCUGGAGCGACCCGAAAGUACCGUAGAUGGUCCCUGGCGAGCGAAGGAUCUGAACCGAGGCAGAUGGUGCCGAAGUGGACGAUGAACGCGGUACUGCAGCGGUCGCCGCCGAAGAGCUGGCUGGGUCUGCGGCUGCGGCUCAAUGAGAAGUCCACUCAGGAAGAAAAGAAUAUGGUGUGCCAGCACCCAGACUGCCCUGACCGUCGUCGUGCUGCUAAGGUGUGUCACCACCCAGACUGCCAGGAUCUCAACAACAAGAGCCCACUCAGCCUGUGCGAGUCAUGUGACUCCCGCUGCCAUCUGAACGAGACGGACAGUAUGCACUUUGAUCGGCACCCACGCUUUGACCUGCAGCCACAAGGUUCCAUCCUGGCGCGGAACGUGUCCACGCGUUCCUGCCCCCCACGCACCAGCCCCCCAUGCCACCUGGAGGAGGAAGAAGAGGGAGGCAGCGACAGGGGGGAUCGGAAGUCUGCGGGAGUGAAGCCGGUAAAGAAGAAGCCACGACGACGACACACAGAUGAUCCCAGCAAGGAAUGCUUCACUCUGAAGUUUGACCUCAACGUGGACAUCGACACGGAGAUUGUCCCUGCUAUGAAGAAGAAGUCUUUGAGGGAGGUGCUGGGGCCUGUUUUCGAGCGAAAGGGGAUUGAGCUAUCCCGGGUGGACCUGUUCCUGGACCAGUCCAACACUCCGCUCUCCCUUAACUUUGAAGCCUACCGCUUUGGGGGUCACUACCUCAAGGUUAAAGCACGACCAGGAGACGAACUGAAGGUGGAGCAGGGGGUGAAGGACCUGCGCUCACUCAGCCUGCCCAUCAUGAAGCCCUCAGGAAGUGGACAAGGUUCCUACAUUGUGAACCCAGGCAGCGAGAGGGUGGAACAUGGCUCUCUUGGGCGCCGUGAGAGCAUAGACCUGCUGGGUCAGGCAAGGCGCCGGAAGAACAUGCCAGCCUUCCUGGGGGACUCCAGCAUCCCCUCACCAGACUCGCUGGGCAGCUCUCUCCCAAGCACUGCAUUUGCUGCCGCUAACAGUGCCAUGGGCCCAGACAGGUGGAAGAACCGGGCCGCCAGUCGCUUCAGUGGCUUUUUCAGCUCUGGUGCUGGCACUAGCCCUUUCGGCAAGGAGAUGGACCGUGUGGAGCAGCUGCAGAUCAAGCUUCAGUCAUACACUAUGUUUGGCCUGCCCAAAGUGCCCCCACAGCUGUCCUUCCAUCAGGACUCCUGGGAGGAGGAGAGUGAGACCAACCUGGCCCUGGAGGACAGCUGGAAGCAGCUGCUAGACAAUCCUGAGUCACUGAGCAGACGGCAGUUCCAGCAACAGGAGGCAAUCUGGGAGCUGAUUCAGACAGAGGCUACCUACAUCAAGAAGCUCCGGGUCAUCACCGAUCUCUUCCUGUGCUGCUUACUGAACUUGCAGGAAAGUGGCUUCCUGUUGGAGGUAGAGCCCACACGCCUCUUCAGCAACGUGCAAGACAUUGUACGUCUGCACACAACACUGUGGGCCCAAGUCAUGCUGCCGGCAUUGGAAAGCGCCCGGCGAGAUCAUACGCUCCUCGACCCCACCCAGCUGGAAGAGGGCUUUCACAGCAUUGGUGUCCAGUUCCAGCCCUACAUUCGCUACUGCAUGGAGGAGGAGGCCUGCAUGGAGUACAUGCGCAGCUUGCUGAGGGACAAUGAGGCCUUCAGGACAUACGUGACAUGGGCGGAGACGCACAAGCAGUGUAACCGCCUGAAGCUGGCAGACAUGCUGGUGAAGCCCCACCAGCGACUCACCAAGUAUCCUCUGCUGCUGAAGACUGUGCUGAAGAAGACAGAUGAUCCAGGUGCCCGUGAUAUCAUCAGCCGCAUGGUGGCCUCUGUUGAGACUUUCAUCAACAGUAUAGACUCCCAGAUGUACCAACGACAGGAGAAGAAGAAGUUGGCCUCAAUUUCAAGCCGCAUCGAGUCGUACGAGGCCGUGGAUGGUGGCAGUGAAGAGGUAGAGAGGAUCCUGCGCGAGUUCAACUACUUCGACCUGAUGGCUCCCAUGAAGGGCACACCCACAGAAGAGACGCGACAGCUUCACCUCGAAGGAGCAUUACGCAUGAAGGAGGGCAAGGACAGCAGGAUGGAAGUGUACUGUUUCCUGUUUACCGACGUACUUCUGAUCACUAAGCCGGUGAAGCGUGUGGAGAAAGUCAAAGUCAUCCGCCAGCCUCUACUCAUCCACAAUGUUGUGUGUCGAGAACUGAAAGACCCUGGGUCCUUCCUCGUCAUCUACCUCAAUGAGUUCCGCACUGCGGUGGCAGCCUACUCCUUCCAAGCCAACAGCACAGCCCAGGGACGGAGCUGGAUAGAGGCAAUCUGCAAUGUCCAGAACCAGUUCCAGAAGCUGCGCUCUGAGACACUCCGUCAACAGCAGGGCCCAGCGGGGGAGCCAGAAGAGGAAGAAAGCAGUAACUCAGCAGCCAGCUCACCUUGUUUACGGCACAAAGACGCACAGAGUGAAAGCCAAUCGGACGGCUCAACUGAGACCCUGUCUGUGGCGAUGAUGGAUGACACAAGUGGAUACAAUGAUUCGUUGUCUGUGGAGGCUCUCCCCAGUGGGUCCAUCGACGAAGGCUCUGUUGCUGUAGUUGAGAUUCCCACCCCAACAGGAUUCUAUAAGGGGGUAAAACAUGAAAGACCGGGGAUCCCAGGUAGCUUGGAACUUGACCCCCAGUGUCGCUCCAUGUCCAUGGACAGUGCCUAUGGCACCCUCUCCCCAGAGUCCUUGCUCAGAGAGCUCAACUUGAAGGAGAAGCCUGGCCAAGGUGAGGAGGAGGCAGAGGAGACUGAGGGAGAGGUAGAAGAGACAGAGGGAGAGGAGCUGGACACUGAGGGGGAUGCAGAAGAGACUGAGGGUGAAACGGUGGAGCCAGAGGGGGAGGAGCAGACUGCCUCCACUGGCUCACAGCAGUCGGUAACAAACUCCUUCAAGCUGCGACGACGUCCCCCGGUACAGCCUCGCCUUCACUGCCUGCAGAAUUAUGCCCACAAGUCACGCUCAGAGGACAACUUGCUGCAGCUGGGUGGGGCCACUCACAGCCCUCCUUUACAGGUUCGGGAUGAAAUGACGGCACACAGGAGAGAGAGGCUCGCCCACAGUAAAAGCAUGUCUCAGCUCUUUGACCGUGACUUCCUCUGUUACCCUGAUUCCGCCUGGGAUCCCUCAGUGAGCUAUGAUGGGUCAGGCAAGUUAAUGGACACACUGAGGAUGGCUGAGGCCCGACAGGGUCAAAGGGCCAAUGGCAGUGCCUCGGACGAUGAGGCAGCCUCCUCGUGUUCGCUGGAGGAGGCCUCCGUCAGCAGCUCAGAGGCUAGGUUGGCCAGGCGUUCCUUGGCCCCGCAGCACAAGAAGUUAACCCUAGCGCAGCUGUACCGCAUUAGCACCACCCUGGUGCUCAACUCUACCCUUACAGCAUCGGAAGUGUAGACCUGCCUGCCAACACUGCAGUGUUCACUUCAGUCAUGGCCUGAAGACAGAUCUACAGUGCAGGAGUCCUAGGUUGAAACCCAACUUGCAGCAACAAAAAUGACUGCUUCACUUAGAUCAUACACUGCCUCCUGUCCUAACCAGAGACUAUGUGGUGGUUGCUCUUCUUCAGUACAGCCUCACUGGCAAUAACAGAGCUUUCUUAAAAUUUUUUUUUUCCAUUCGAAGAAGAAAGUGGAGAACCAGAACUGUUUGCACUUAGGUUUAAAUGCGUUGGGGAUGUUGCCCACAAGUGUGGCCCCUGACACUGACUGAGAAAAUGAGGGCUUUGAGACAGGGCCUUGGUAGCCUGCUCUAGACCUUCAAGACCAAACUGCAACCACUACUUAUGCAUGGGAAUAAAUAACCCAGAGGACAGAAGCCGAUGGAAACGGACACUGACUUUAAUGUGCGGACAGAAAACGCGAAACUGCUUCUCUACCAUCCAUCAUCCUGUUCUUAUCCUUUGUGUUUUUUGUUUAGAAGAAAAUACAGGUGCACAAAAGGGUCUAUUUAAAGCAGGUUGGUAAAUUGUAGAGACAAUUGUCUCCUGUGUACAGGGACUGAAGGACCGUUGUGCUUGUUUCAGAUGCGCAGAGACCUUCUGACUGAACCAAAAAUAAAUGUGCUGUUGCAACAUCUGUCCCUGGAGUAUGCUAGCGUUCCCAAAGAUGUAAAGAUAAAAAUGCACAUUCUGACUUAUCAGUAUGACUGUCAUACAAAGCAACUUCGUUGUGGCCAAUGUCUCGGCUUGUUCAUAUGGUGAAGUUUCCCAGUAAAGCUCCAUUUAAGACAAAAACACUAAAAAUUGUGAACUACGUUUUCUGCUCCUCCUGACCGGCAAACGGUGGGUGUGCGCAGUGUAUGGAUAUGAGGAUCUUUUCAGAGCGAAAGAUAGGUGGCAACGUUUGGGUUUCGGCAGGAAGUUGCUUGCAGAGAACCAGUGAUAUGGGUGUUCUGUGCGAGUAGACGGCACCCUCUUGUGACCAGACAGGACACAGCUGGAGCGUUGUGGCCAAGUACACCAGCUGUGUGCAGUGCUACCCUGGCAAGGUCUUUGCCGCUGGGCUUGGAGUUACUGGCCAACAGGAAGGAGGAACAGGAAGAGGUGGUGAGAAGCAAGCCUCUUUUACAGUCCUCCAGGAGCUCUGUUCAGAUCUCUGUGAAGAUUUGCUCCCGAUAACCCCCCCCUCCCCCCCCUUUUUUUAAAAACUAGUUGCCUAGUCAUGAAUAUUAGCAGAACAAGUACAAAUAUUGAUGUGGAGGGCUCUCCAGAGGCACUGGGGUGGGGCUGGUCUUAGUAGGCCUGGAACCAGGCCAAGGGGAUAGGAAAUAGCACUUUGAGGCAGGUGUGGGCUGACUUAAGAUUCAAGUGAUUAAUAUAUUUAAUUGCAGGCACACGGUCCUGUGCCACGACACGACUGACACAUUCACAUUGAACUUCACUGUGUUAAUAUAAUGUACUUAGUCUCUUUUGCCCUCUCUACAUUGUUGCCCAAAGCUAAUAGUUCAUUGUUUUUCCACAUUGUUUUGUUAUUUAUUAAGCUUGCUUAAUGUUUUUUUACUCAUAUAUAAAGAAUGGUUGAUCAUGACUUUGUAAUUUUUUCCCUUUUGUACAGUUUUGGACUUUCUAAUCUUAGUUGCCAUCCUUAAUAUUGAAUGUUCAGUCUUCAGUCUGCAAUGAAACCAAAAAUAACAUGUUAACUUUAACCCUUACAUGACUUAUCAUAAGAGAUGUAAUUUAAAAAAAAAAAAACUGGUUUAAUUUAUAAAAGUUUGUAUAAUAAAUAGUUUGGGGGGGGUACACCACAGAGCAUAAGUUCCAAUAAAAAUGCACC